ACUGUCACAGAGAGAGGACUCCCCGAACAACGAGGGAAGUGUGAUACUGGGAAACAAAAGCAAGCGUUGUCGUUUAAUUUAUAAUCUCUUAGACUUAAACCCUCUCGCUCAGCCGGAAAUGCACCACAGUCGCACGUAAACGACACAUAAAAAUGUCGAACUCUGGGGAUUCAAUUGCAACGGUGCAAGACCGUGAGCAUGAGCAGAGCGAGCAAUCGCAAGAAUGGGAAACCAUGGCUAGAGCGUGGCUGUGCUCGUUCCCAGAGGCGAAGGAAGUGAGCAUGCCAGAGGUCGAAGCCUGGAUCGACUCCAACAUCGAUUCUCUCCCCGAAGGUCUCCGAUCCAUGCCUCGUCCCGAUCUCUGCCUCAGACUUAUUUCCAUUCAGAAUUGCAUGAGGUUCCCCUUCACCAAUCAGGAAAGGGAUGUUAAUCAGCUUGAUCUUCCACAUGCAAGGUUUCAACGCACUGAUCAAUGGUUACCGGUUUAUUCGUGGUUAGAAACUUUAGAUAAGGAUGAGGUGGUUAAGUCCAAGGAGAUUUCCGACUGGUUAACAGAGAACCCUAAGGUCCAAGAACAGUUAUGCUCAAGGCAUUCACGCUAUCAUUUGAUGCACUACAUCAAAAAAUGCCAUUUAAAGAUAUUGAAAAGAAGGGGAAAGAGGAAGAGUUUAGAACAACCUGACAAAGACACAUCAUUGAAGGUUCAGAAAGAUGUGGUGAUGAAACAUCCAGCCCCACUUCCAUGUAGUUCUGCAAACAAUCUGCCCAAAGAUAGUGAUUUGUUCGUGGCUAAAAGAAAUGAAGCCUAUCGCAAAUACGAGAUUUUACUGGAGUUGGAGAAGCUGCUUUCCCCAGUAUUCUCAAAGCAACCUAGCAUAAAUCAAUGAGACAGUGUCAGAAACAUCAACUAUUGUGUCUGCAGAUUGAUAUUUGCGGUGAGUGGGAACUUCCUGAUGCGGCCUCACUUCAGGGGUAGGAACCUUGUGCUAAUCCGUCUCCUCCUGAUCAACAUUCACUGAAGCAAUGCUGCCUCUCCUUAGUGUUUAAUUUAAAAGAUAAAUAUUCUCUUCAGGAAAAGGUAGAUCAUAGUUGUUUACCUAUGUAGAAAGUAGUGUAGCAGAAUUAUUUUACCAUCAUCUGACCAUUACAUCAGUUUCGGACAUCAUGAAUCAGAGCUGGUCCAAAGAUUUCCUGUUAUGAGUGAUUAAACAUUUUCAUGAGCUCCUGUAAGGUGAUGAAUAUAUUAUGCUAGUUAUGCUUAAACAUAGUCAA